CAAAUCCCUGGGAAGACUCGAAAGGUCCUGUAACUCCAGCGUAUUGAAAUAGAUGGCUGCUGUGUUGUGCUGUCUCUGCCUCGAACUCGCUGGCAGGAGUGAACAGUCGUCGCUAUGAUCUAGCAACACCGGCACACGACCGUCGCAGCUCACACGACCGCUUUUCUCCGGAAACAUGUUAUCCUGGUCUUGGUGAGGGUCGCUUCGUGGAAAUACUCUCUACUCAACGAGAUGGACACGUCAACCUUGCCAGCGACAGCAGGAGCUGCCUGGCGAAAUAAACUGACCAAGACUAUCCUAGGUCACGACUACUCUGUCCUCCCUCAGACCUCCUUCCCACCUCCCAGGCAUUCCUUUAGACGUUCGCGGGUGUUCUUGUGCUCAGGACUUGUCAUUUUAUCCAUCCUCGGUUUUUUCUACGUGCAUGCCAUAUUACCGGACAACCGCAGCUAUCCUACAUUCUCUUGGACACCUUUUCAUCAUAAUCACGACUCUCCUUCUGAGGAUCUUGCGCCUCAAUCCCCACCGCUGUCAGAUCUCGAUACAUGGCAGACGAAAUACUCUCCUUCAUCCUUAUGCACUCCUUCGAACCGGCCUGGAGCCCCACAUCUAAUAUCAGUACAUUCCAAUUCCUACAGCUCCUUCACCUCCCAUGACGAUACCGCCUGGAAGCCCUUCAGUCUACUUCCCGUGACUCCAAUACCAGCUGACUGCCUUGAAGAAUACUUUCUUGGAAAGGUCUGUCCGGGUCCCGACGCCGAGAAGACGGAUAAUAACACGUCGACCGCAGCUCGUCUGGAUAUCGUGUGGUCGUGGGUGAACGGGAGCGACCCUUUACACACCGCAGCACUUUCUGAAGCCGAACAUGAGCUUGGCUACGCCACUUCAAAACCCAAACUCUAUCGGGAUCAUGAUGAACUUAAGUACUCUAUGCGUUCCGCGCUUGCCGCCUUCCGUAAUGGUGUCGGUAACUUCUAUCUCCUCGCGUCGGAUACUCAGGCUCCCUCAUCUGAAGAGUCUCCAUCCCAACUGCGAUACGGUCAGAUACCCCAAUGGCUCUCUGCAUCAGAUUGGAACGACGGCAACGUCUCGCUUUCUGUACGCCAUCAUUCGCAGUUCUUUUCACCCGGAUCAUAUGCUGGUCCUACAUUUAACAGCUUCGCAAUCGAGUCACAGCUAGGGCACCUAUGCGGUGUAUCAGAGAACUUCAUAUAUAUGAACGAUGACUUCUUCUUCGGAGGGCCCGUGUACCCGGAAGACUUCUAUACGCCACUCUUCGGUCCCGUACUGAGGUUCCAAUAUGAUAUCACCGUGUCUCCUCAUAAUCCUUCUACUGCGCCUGGCGAUGGAGAAUGGCGCCCACUAGAUUACAGCAGUCACUUGCUGUCAAAGCGUUUCGGCUCGCGUCCAAGACUUUACGUUGUCCAUGCACACAAGUCGAUCAGCCUUCCCAUCAUGCACGAGAUUGCUGCGGGAAUGUGGGCAAAGGAGUUUGAGGCUACCGCCCGCAGACCGUUCCGUGGAAUGAAUGGUCACCCUGUCGCCACUAAUAAGUCGCCCAAAACGGUACAAGAUGGAGAUGAUGUUUACCCGGGUUUUUUGUUCAGCAACUACCUGAUUGAUCGGGCUCGGGAGGCGCUAUUGUGGUCUUGGGUAAUUGGGCGUAUCGGUGGGAACGGAACACCAUCUGAUAACGGUGACGAUAACGAAGACCUGUGGAUACCAGACGUGCACGGCCGCCGAGCAUGGCAGGAGAUUGGAGGAGAUUGGAAUAGUACAGGGCUAAAAGUCCGGCAACCGAUUCGGGAGACCCUUGAUCAAGAUCGCGUUGAAAACGCAAUUCAGUCGAGCCGUGAAGAUGGGAUGCAGAGCCGGUACAAGUUUUCCUCUCAAGAUGGGUGCCCGUUGCAGUAUACUAUCCCAAACCUACCCGGAUCUCCGCCGCGCCUAGCCACAAAUCCUCAUUAUAAGGGCCACCCAGCUCAGCCUGCUCCAGAAUGUGAGAUCAUAUGGAGCGAGUGCUUCGAGAAGGAAGGGCUGCCCAUUGAAAGUUCUAGCGACAUGUUCGUUCAUGUUGCAUUCGAGAAGGUUCGUUGCGGGGAUUGUAUCAUUCGUGCGCUGUUAAACGCCUCGGGACCUCUGGGUAUAUCCGAGUUUCUUCCUCCACUCGAUAGAAAGCUGUCUGUAUCGAAUAGUCUCGCAGACUAUCUCCCGACGACAGCACCUCCGCAUCUUCCAUUAGCGUCUGACUACCAUGAUAUCGACUUCUCGUUGGAUUCUGUAAUGGGGCCAUGGCUGGCGGAGGUAUCAAUUCGCAGAGGACGUGGAGCAGCCGUGAGUGUCAGAGAAUGGUCAAUGAUGGUGAUACAGCGAUAUCGUUACGUCGUCGGAGAGCUGGCAACGAGAUUUUUGUCGAUAACCACCGUCGGAUCUGCGCGUAGCCAGCUUAAAAGUCUCAAGGAUAACGCAGAUUUGAGGCUGGUAUGUAUCAAUGACGAUGUGGAGAAGCCAUCGAGCGUGGAUGAGGUCAAUGAAAUGUUGCACCAAUGGUUCGAUGAGAAGUGGCCCGUAACCGCUGGGUGGGAGGCGUAACUCAUUUUCAUGCUAAUUUAUAUCGGUAGUUUGCAUACCCAACCUGUAUUCAUAGUAGACACAUACCCUGAAGAAGGAACACAAACAACUAUAAUUUGUACGGUAGUGAUAUGGACGGCGGGUUGAGACGGUGCCUUGUCUUUUGUCUUGCAUCGAGGAGUAUCUCACUGGAUGGGCUUUUUGAAAGGUUGUUUGAGAACUCAGUAAACCAGAAUACUUUUCUGGAGAGGGCAGUGCGGCGGUUGGCGGAGCCUUAGAAAUGAUGUCGCAACUGAAGCU